AUGGCUGCUAAGAUGGAAUCAGAGAGGCUUUGUUUUAUACAGAAUCAUCAGAAACAGCUGCGCUCAGACUCCUACGUACACUUACGCGACAGCCUUCGAAAUGAAGUCAAUCCCCGCAUUCUGCCCUCUAUCUACACUCGUGUUACAUGCAUGAAUGCACGCAGACUGUAUAAACCGUCGGAGACAGUACAAACCACCAAUUCCCAAGAGCAGCUUUCCCUUUUACCACACCUUCACAGCCUACCAACCUUACAGACGUCGGUGAAAUUUGUCUCCCAUUGUUACUACAUCGCACCAGAUAAACACUUCCUUCCACCUGCCUUCGGCGUAUUCGCAUGGCUGUUUGCGUUUUCUGUCAAACCCUCCCGUCUACUGCCACUGUCAUCUCCAUUACACCACUAUCAUCUACGCUGUGGAGGUAUCAAUAAUUGUAAGCGCCCCCCCCCCCCCCCCGGGCAAAUGCAUCGCUGA